CCAUAGAUCAUGUUGCAAGGUCAUUUGUUUCUCCACAUUAGAAAAUAUGUUGCCAAAGAUAUUUUCACCGUGGGAAUGUCUCAGAAAGCAAACAACACUAUAGGUUGCACUGAACAUGUGAUGUUUCCUAACUAGGAUGUACAAAGACGUGUCAUAUCAGCUCACCCAAUCACAGACAGCCUCAUCUCUGCAGAGACCAAAAGCAUUGAGUCCCUUUUCAUUCAAGGUAAGAAUUCAAACAAGAUGUCAUCUCUGAAGUUUGUCUUGUGUCUGACUUGUCUGUUCAUGGGGAAACACGCUCAGAAGGUUGAUCUGAGUUCCCCAUCAUUGCUCUCGCAGAUGAAAGGAUUAUUGCCACUAAAUAUUGGAGACAAUGUGACUCUACAGUGUUCCUAUGAAAGUGAUGACUCAGCAUGGUUUUUCUGGUAUAAGCAAAUUCUGGGAGAGAAACCGAAGCUCAUCUCUAGUUUCUAUGUGUAUGAUACAAAAAUUACAUUUCAUAAUGAAUUCCAGGACAAUAAACACUUUAAAUUGGAGACUAAAGAAGGCAAAAAUGAUUUACAUAUUUUUCACUUGACCGUCUCAGACUCAGCUACAUAUUAUUGUGCGAGCAGCUAUACUUUUGUCUUGAGUUUUGCAGAGGGAAUUAUUCUCAGUGUAAGAGACUCAGACUCCAACGUCCCAGCUCUGGUGCAUCAGUCAGUGUCUGGGAGCAUCCAGCCAGGAGGCUCUGUGACUCUGAACUGUACAGUACAAACUGGGACCUGUGAUGGACAACACAGCGUUUACUGGUUCAAAGACUCUGGAGAAGCUCGUCCAGGAGUCAUUUAUACCAACGGAGACAGAAACGAUCAGUGUGAGAGGAAUCCAGACACACAGACACACACCUGUGUCUACAACCUGCCUCUGGAAAGCCUGAAUGCUUCUCAUGCUGGGACCUACUACUGUGCUGUCGCCUCAUGUGGACAAAUAGUGUUUGGUAAAGGAACUGACAUUCACAUUAAGCAUGAUGUGAACACUUCCAGCUCUCUUGUGUAUUACUUAAGUGGAGCUUUGAUAUUCACCAUCCUUAUGGUUGUUUCAUUGGGUCUCUCUGCGUACAACCUGUCAAGGAGAAACAACUGCCACGGUACAGAGCAAAAAGCAAGGUCAGCUCCUGUUCCAGCGAAUCCACAGGGAUGUGAAGAGGUGAACAGCCUCCAUUAUGCUGCUUUAGGUGUUAACAGCUCCAACAGAUCAAGAAAACAGAAAAGCUCCACGCAGACUGAGUGUGUCUACUCCGGUGUGAAGUAGUAGAAAUCAGAACAGAGCUCAUGUCACAGUCCUUGUUAAUGUUGUUCUACCUGUAUAAUCAAGCUUUUAGUCAUCAUUGCCAAGCAGUUUAUUGUCGACCCAUACUGAUAAACGCUCAAAGCCUGUCUGGCCAUUCAAAUAUUUUAAAUAAAACAAUCUAAAUCUUCAA